CCCAAACAAUCAUAUCAUCCCACCUGCACUUUGGUACUCCGUAUGCGUCUCGUAUGCAUUCAUGGUGUUCACUUAUAAAGCACAAAGUCCAAGAUUCGAGCUUUAACUCGCUCCUUCCGCUCCCUGCCCCUCGAAUUAUUUGUAAAAUAAGGAAAAUUCCCAAUUUUUUUCUAAUCGAUUGGGGCAAAAGCGCUGGAGCCACCCUUCACUAACUUUAUACUGUCCAGAUAGAUUAUUGAUAAAUUUUUAAUCAUCGAUAUUUCUAACAUAAUACAAGGUAAGCAAACUGUCGCAACUUCAGUUUUGCAUGCGCAAUCAUUCCUAUCAAAGGCAUCAUACUUCCAUGAUACCUACAACUUCCCAUUCGUCUUUUGCUCUUGCUUCUUCGUUGGAUAUCGUAUCUUGCCUCCUUACAUAAUACGUUUGCUGCGGGAUUCCCGUCAACGUUAAUAACAAUGCCCAGAGACGAUCUUUCUAUCGAUUUUGUCCCCAAACACAGACACAAUAUGCCACAGAUCGAUCACUUAGAUACAGCGGGAGUUCUGGAUGAUUGGAUCAAUCGUGUCGCGAAUUUACCCCACGAAAUUGCCUUUAAGCAAGAUGAGAUAGGAGAAAAGGAUAAAGCUGUGCAAGAGUGCCUCACUGUCAUCGCAAGGCACGAUGGCGCUCUCCAAAAAUGGACCAAGGCAAACGGGGCAAACCAACCAAAUCCAAAGGAGCCAGCAUUGAAAAAGAUAAUUUUGGAGAAUUAUGAAAGAGCAGAACGCCUUCAAGAUGAGAAAAUUAAGCUAUCCAAAGAGUUAGAAGCGCUUGUUGAGGGGCACGUUCGACGACUCGAUUUACAAAUCAAAGGAUUACAAGAGAGGGGAGAGUUUCCACACGAUCCAGAUCUGCCUUCUCUACUACGACCACAACCGAUUGAUCGCAUCCGAGACACGCAUGGCACCACGAGACCAUUGGGUGAACUCAUAAAUUCGGCCUCCUCUUCUCAUGUACGCCACCCGAGCAAUUCUAGGAUAUCCACCAAUGUCAAUCAGUUGAACGGCGCAACGGUGUCUUCUGCUCCAGCAACGCCAGCCGCCACCUUACUUCUACAAAGACAAGCUCGGGAAUCAUCUCUUGGUGCGAUCAAUAAGAGACCAAGACUUACUGGAGGGCUGGGUACUUUGCCAGCCGCUUCUAGCGGCCUUGCUCGCCAUUCAUCUAUGACUCCUGGUACUCCCCGUGGAGGUACACCAUCUGCCGUACGCGGUGGCAGUGCGGGUCCAAGAAAUAUGCAGAAGAAGAAAGUUGCCCCGCAGGGCAGCAGACAGAGUGGUGCUCCACGCAAAGGCAAACCUGGAAAGUCUGGCCUUAGCAGGCUAAAGCGUGGACAUAAGAACUCGCCGUCUUCUGCAAACGAUAGUGAGCUUAGUGAUGCAGAAUCUGGUUCUGUUGAGGAAGAAGAGGCUGCGGGACGUCAAAACAAGGAUGCUGAUGCAGACGAUGAUAUGGUUGAUGUUGAUGAUGAAGAGGGCGGAGAUGAUAAGAAAUACUGCAUUUGUCACAAUAUCAGCUAUGGAGACAUGGUGGCUUGUGACAACGAAGACUGUCCGUAUGAAUGGUUCCAUUGGUCUUGUGUUGGCGUCAAGAGUGACCCCUUGGGCACCUGGAUAUGUCCAGUAUGUACUCCUAAAAUGCCUAAAAAGGUUUAAAGAAUUGUUUGGUGGGAGGCGUUCCGGGUCAUCAAUGCGGAUUUGCGGGGCCAAAAUUAGAUACAGAAUAUCUACGGGUAAGGCUACGGAUGAGGGGCGUUUGUAGGUAGCUACUAGCUAGAGGUAGCUUGGUUACUCUAAGAUUCGUGACUUGCUAAAGAUACACUUCAGCUAGACUAAUAAUAUCGAUAAUAUUAACUGG